ACCACCCAGAUUGUAACAGGAAGAAGAGAGGAGAGAAAAUUUGACCAUCUUUCUCUUCUUGUUCUUAUUAUUUCCUCUCUUCUCUUCUUGUUUCCAGACACGAACUAUGUCGGGUGACACCUGAAAUAUUAUUAUUAUUUACAUAUUUAUUAGUUGUUGGGGUUUUCAGAGUUUCUCUGUUGAUCAAAUUCAUAAUUAUGGUUCGUUUCCCAUCGGAAGAUCGGCAUGCACCAGUGAACUCGACGGUGGUUGCCAUUGACAAAGACAAGAACAGUCACUAUGCUGUUCGUUGGGCCGUCGAACAUCUCUUUAAUCUGAUCGACAAUCGCAACAUGAUUCUAGUACACGUUCGUCUUAAAAAUUCAAACCAUGGAGGAAACGUUAACGAUGAAUUAAACAAGCUUUUUAUUCCAUACAGGGGUUAUUGUGCACGAAAAGGGAUUUCAAUGAUGGAGGUCAUUCUUGAUGAUAUCGACGUUGCGAACGCAAUAUUGGAUUACGCUAACAAUAACCUAGUGAACAACAUCGUGUUGGGAUCAACAUAUUCAAAGAACCCAUUCGCAAGAUCUCUCAAGUUCACUAAAUCCCAUGACGUUGCAGCUUCCGUUCUAAAAUCAACACCUGAGUUUUGUUCCGUCUAUGUCAUCUCUAAAGGCAAAGUCCAGUCCUCACGUGCAGCUCAAAGACCUAUCACCAAUACCCUUGCCCCACCUCGUGCACCUACGUUUCAUCUCCAAAACCUACCUGACCCUGACCAAGAUCAUCAUUUACCUAGGGGCCAGCGUAAUGGAAGAAACAUAACACCAGAGAGGUAUCGUCCUCAUGAGAAUGGCUUCAAUGCUGUGAGAGAAAGGCACAAAAGUGCUGCCAAUUAUGAUUUUAACCAGCCAAUGGGUCAAAGGAACUUUGAUGAACCGGAUUUUGGGACUAGGAUGAUGGGUUCCAUUGAUCAAUCUGCUCAUAACUUUGAUAUCAUUGGUUCUACUAGUUCUUCUGAUGAAUCAGUUUCACAAUCAAAUAAAGAUGUUGAAGCUGAGAUGAGAAGGUUAAAGAUUGAACUCAAGCAAACGAUGGACAUGUACAGUUCAGCCUGCAAAGAAGCACUAGAUGCAAAACAGAAGGCAAAUGAGCUUAACAAGUGGAAACUGGAAGAAACUCUAAGGUUUGAGGAAGCUAGGAGUGCUGAAGAGGCAGCCCUGGCUGUUGCGGAGACGGAGAAGGCCAAGUGCAAAGCUGCAAUGGAAGCAGCUGAGAAAUCUCAGAGGAUGGCAGAUUUGGAAGGACAAAGAAGGAAGCAAGCAGAGAUGAAAGCAAGAAGGGAGUCACAAGAGAAAGACCGCGCUAUUAGCGCUUUGGUGCAGAACGAUGUCAGGUACAGAAGAUACUCUAUAGAAGAGAUUGAAGAGGCUACUGACCGAUUCGCGAGCAACAGACAAAUAGGAGAAGGUGGAUACGGACCGGUCUUUGAAGGCACACUUGAUCACACUCCUGUUGCUAUUAAAGUCUUGAGAGCUGAUGCUGCUCAAGGAAAGAAACAGUUUAACCAAGAAGUGGAGGUUCUAAGUUGCAUCAGACACCCUCACAUGGUUCUUCUCCUCGGCGCCUGUCCGGAGUACGGAUGCUUGGUGUAUGAGUUCAUGGAGAACGGGAGCUUAGAGGAUAGACUCUUCCGCAGAGGAAACUCGCCGCCUCUUUCUUGGAGGAAGAGGUUCCAAAUAGCAGCGGAGAUUGCUACAGCACUCUCCUUCCUUCACCAAACAAAGCCAGAGCCACUUGUUCACCGUGAUUUAAAACCUGCCAACAUACUCUUGGAUAGAAACUACGUGAGCAAGAUUAGUGACGUUGGGUUAGCUCGGUUAGUCCCUGCGUCGGUGGCUGAUACCGUCACACAGUACCACAUGACAUCUGCUGCAGGGACGUUCUGUUAUAUCGACCCGGAGUACCAGCAGACGGGUAAGUUAACGACGAAGUCAGACGUAUAUUCGGUGGGGAUAAUGCUGCUUCAGAUCAUUACUGCGAAGAGUCCAAUGGGUUUGGCCCAUCAUGUGUCGAGGGCGAUUAGUAAAGGAACUUUUAAGGAUAUGCUUGACCCGGUGGUGACUGAUUGGCCUGUUGAAGAAGCUAUGGCUUUUGCUAAGUUGUGUCUAAAAUGUGCAGAGCUAAGGAAGAAAGAUAGACCAGAUCUUGGGAAGGAUAUAGUUCCAGAGCUUGUUCGGUUAAGAAACUUUGGUAUGGAUAAGGAGUCAGGUGCAUUGUGAUACAUACAAAACCCUGAACAAAAUCUUUUGCUUUCUUCUGUGAAAAGCUUUAUUAAUUAUAAACGUUCGGAUUAAACUUAACUCUCUCGUUACUACAAUACAACUAAAAUCAUACAAACAAAACAUAAUCAUCAUUAGGUCCAAAACUCGGAAAUAGAAGAACCAGCUCGUUUAUACUACUACCACUAGACCACCAACAUUUUGGUAACAUGACAAUCUCC